ACGACCGCGAACGUCGUGUCGUACCUUUACUUUGUUCCACCACCUGCAGCUGGUAUCUGGGCACUUUCUGACUCCAAGGAUCGCAUGCGAGGUCAAUGCCUUCCUUCUGGAGAAAUCUUCUUUGUUACGGACAGUAUUUUUGUGUCUACCCAGCUGCGUUCGAUUCUGAGGAAGAGCGAUAUGCUGAGUUUUCUCCUCCGCAUUUUGGUUCGGAGGUGGAUUUGGUGACAUCCGACAAUGUGGUAUUGAAAUGCUACCUGAUUCGAGCAGCUCAUAACCCGUCGCCACAAGCUACUGUUAUUUUGUUCCACGGAAAUGGGUAUCAUGUAUGGCAACACACGCCCUGCGCCCAAGGUUUCCAUAGCUUAAAGUGUAACGUUCUGAUGGUAUCGUAUCGAGGCUACGGAAGUUCCAAAGGGGUACCCACGGAGCGAGGUCUACGCCGGGAUGCACAAGCUGCUCUAGACUUCGUUCUGGCUGAUCCACAGCUAUCUUCUGUGCCAAUAGUUCUGCACGGCCACUCCUUAGGAGGUGCUGUAGCCAUAGAUCUGGUCAGCCGAAACCCGACAAAGGUUCAAGCGCUCAUCGUGGAAAACACCUUUCUCUCUAUACGAACCGUUGCUCGUGACCUUCCUUGGAUUCGUUUCUUUUCCUUUUUCGUACACCAGAAAUGGGAUUCAGCGUCCAAGAUAUCCUCCAUCCCCAGGACGACUCCCAUACUGAUGCUCCAUGGUGAACGAGACGAAGUCGUUCCCAAGAGGCACAUGCGCGAGCUAUGGGCUCUCGCCCGUCGACGUUCGUCAGGCUUGGGUGUAAAGGACAACCCUCCACUAAGGGAUAAAUUUCAACCCUUUCCCCGAGGCCACCAUGGGGAGAUGAACAUUCAGCCAGGUUACUGGUCUGCUGUGGACCGCUUCCUCCGGUCUUUAGAUGACACCAUAACGAGUUGACGACGUUUUACGCUUUCAUGAUAUCAGACAAUCCGAGUCUCUGUUUUCUUAUAUCCAGCAAUGUGAUCAAUUGACAUGAAUGAAGUGCGGCCAAGUGCCUCAUGCAUAGUUCCCUU